AUUCCAUCAGGCUUUUUCCUCCUAAAAAUUAAAUAUGCAAUUAAUUAUUUUUGCCCUACACUUGCAAGUAGGUUCAAUCAUUAACCAAAAUUUACUUUUAUCAGCAAUAAAUCAGCUUCUGAGGUGCCACAAAAAAACUACUUCCCAAAAUAAGAAAAAUGGAGCUGAUUGAGGGCUUCACAGUUCUGUUCUCAUGGUUUUUGCUGGCUUCAGCAGAAAGAUCAACUUAUAUUGUCCCCAUGGAUAAAUCUUUGAUGCCUAAGGCUUUCUCCAGUCACCAUUAUUGGUACUCUUCCACUCUUCAAUCCAUUAAAUCAGUUGGACCAACCACAUUAGGUGCUCAAAAUCCUUCACCAAAACUUCUUUAUACAUAUGACCAUGCCUUUCAUGGAUUCAGUGCAGUAAUGUCCAAAGAUGAAUUAGGAGCUUUGAAGAAGUCACCGGGUUUCCUUUCGGCUUAUCCCGAUAAUAUUGUCACGCCGGACACCACCCAUACUUACAAGUUUCUUUCUCUGAAUACUGCCACGGGUAUAUGGCCAGCAUCUGAGUAUGGUAAAGAUGUGAUUAUUGGGAUUAUUGACAGCGGAAUUCGGCCAGAAAGUCCGAGCUUUAAAGAUGAAGGAAUGACAGAAAUUCCUGCUAGAUGGAAGGGAAUUUGCCAAGCAGGUGAAGGGUUCAAUUCUUCAUUGUGUAACAAGAAACUCAUUGGAGCAAGAUACUUUAGUAAGGGAGUUCGGGAAGCAAAUCCUGGGGAUACAAUAACAAUGGAUUCUGCAAGGGAUGAUUCGGGUCAUGGCACCCACGUGGCGUCCACAGCAGCUGGAAACUACGUUGAUUGUGUUUCAUUCUUUGACUAUGCUCCAGGAACGGCGAGAGGAGUGGCUCCACGUGCUAGGCUUGCUGCAUAUAAAGUCAUCUGGCGUCAAGGAAACCUUGAAUCUGAUUUUCUCGCAGGUAUUGACCAGGCUGUGGCUGAUGGAGUUGAUAUACUGUCGAUUUCUCUGAGUAACGGUAGGACUAAUUUGUAUGAGGAUCCUAUUGCCAUAGCUGCCUUCGGUGCUACAGAGAAGGGAAUCCUUGUUUCUACUUCCGCAGGAAACCGUGGUCCAAGUUUCGCAACUUUAAUCAAAGGAAUCCCCUGGGCAGUGGUAGUGGCAUCAGGAACUGUUGAUCGCUGGUUUGCUGGGACCAUAACCCUAGGCAAUGGUCUGUCCAUCACCGGAUGGAGCCUGUUUCCUGCAAGAGCCACAGUCAGAAACUUGGCUCUUACUUACAAUGUGACCUUAUCUGCCUGCAAUUCAACUGAAUUAUUGUCUGAAGCCCCUGAAGGUGGUAUCAUCAUAUGUAACCAAUCUGAUGUAAAAACAGACUUCUAUUUCCUAUGGCAGGAUCUGUUGAAGUCCAACAUUCGUGCAGCUAUAAUCAUUAAUGAAGUUACUAGCAUACAUCAAUCUGCUUCUUUUCCUUACCCUGGAGUAGUAAUUACUCCGAGAGAUGUGAAAGAUGUGAUCAAUUAUGCAUCUAACAGUGCUGACCCACGAGCAAGCAUCGAGUUCCAACAAACAAUCUUGGGAACAAAGCUCAUAGCUGCUCCAGCCUUAGCGGAAUCCUCAUCAAGAGGUCCUGCACGAAGCUAUCCGGGCAUCCUAAAGCCUGACAUAAUGGCACCUGGAGUGUUAAUCUUAGCAACUUACGAUCCUUAUGCUAAUGCAGCAAGAAUUAAUAACAACAUAUUCUUGGCCAGCGACUACGCACUCUUGUCAGGUACAUCGAUGGCUUGUCCUCAUAUAUCUGGAAUUGUUGCGCUCCUAAAAGCUGCGCAUCCCGAUUGGAGUCCUGCUGCUAUUAGAUCUGCCAUGAUGACCACUGCAAAUCCACUUGAUAAUACACAAAAACCCAUCAAAGACACAGGAAACAAUAAUAAUGAUGCUCCACCACUUGAAAUGGAGGCAGGGCAAGUUGAUCCAAAUCGUGCUCUUGAUCCAGGUCUCAUUUACGAUGCCACCACACUCGACUUCAUAAAUCUUGUUUGUUCCAUGAAUUUUACUCAUGAACAAACUCAAUCAAUCAUAAGGUCAAGCUACAAUUGUUCAAAUCCAUCAUCUGACCUGAAUUACCCAUCGUUCAUUGCUGUGUUUGAUCCUGAAGAAAAAAGAAGUACACUAACUCAGAAAUUCCAGAGGACUGUCACCAAUGUUGGGGAUGGCGCAGUGACAUAUAAAGUUAAAGUUCAAAAAACGGGGGAUUCUACCAUCACAGUAUUUCCAGAGACAUUGGUGUUCCAAAAGAAGUAUGAUAAGCAGAGUUAUUCAGUGACCAUACGUUAUAAGACUCAGGGACCGUUUGAUUACGGUUCAAUCACUUGGAUUGAGAAAAAUGGAAAGCACACGGUACGGAGUCCAUUUACUGUCACUUCAAAGCCAUAUGAUUAGGUUUACAGUUGCAAUUUGCAUGUAACUUUGUGUAAUUAUCCAAUUCCCAUUAUCAGUCCA